AUGCCUCCCGGCGACGUUCCAUUCCCGGACAGCCUCGUGCCGGGCAACGGGGCUGCCCGUCCCUCCCUGAAUACGAGCGGCUACGGUGGUGCCGGCGGCAGCUUUCAGUCACAAACACCUACAUCGCCAGCCGAUAGCAUCGUUCCUUUUGACUCUCCCCGCACCAGGACGGGCGGUUGGAAUGGCCCUGCAAAUGCUGGCCUCGAAGGCACCCAGAACCCUGAUGGUCGUAUGGGUCGACGACUAGAUACAGAUCCAACAACACCCCAGGAUCGAACUGGUUAUUGGGAAACGUCGACUCCUGUAGACAGAACCCGACCGAACGGCCGACAACCAACCAAGUCCCCCGGUAGCUCCUCGAGGAUUUGCAAGAAAUGUGGUGAGCCUUUAACCGGCCAAUUUGUGCGGGCUUUACUCGCAACCUAUCACCUGGAGUGUUUCAAAUGUGAAGACUGCGGCCAAAUUGUCGCGUCUAAGUUCUUCCCGGUUGACGCAGAGGAUGGAAGCGGACAAUAUCCACUGUGCGAGACCGAUUAUUUCCGGAGAUUGGAACUCCUAUGCCAUGAUUGUGGUGGUGCCUUGCGUGGUUCUUACAUUACUGCCUUAGAUCGCAAGUAUCACAUUGAACACUUUACCUGCUCAGUGUGUCCCACCGUGUUCGGCGCACAAGACUCUUACUAUGAGCACGAGGGCAAGGUGUACUGUCAUUUCCAUUACUCGACACAAUUUGCCCAACGAUGCCACGGCUGCCACACGGCGAUCUUGAAACAAUUUGUGGAAAUCUUCCGCAAUGGCCAGAAUCAGCACUGGCACCCAGAAUGCUACAUGAUCCAUAAGUUCUGGAACGUCCGUCUCGCUUCAACCGGCCAGCCAUUGGAAUAUCCUCAGGUGGAGCCGGAUGCUACCGAUGAAGAACGUAACAAAAUACGGGAGGAAGAGGAUAUUAUGGAGGAGAAGGUCUAUAGGAUCUGGAGUACUCUAUCUACUUUCGAAGAGUCCUCUGCGGCUUGUAUCUCGGACAUGCUCCUCCAUGUUAGCAAUGGCGCUUAUCUAGACGGAGUCCUUGUCGCAAAAAGAUUCAUUGGGCAUGUUGAAAUACUCUUCUCCGCCAUCGAUAACCUCGCAGGAUAUAUUAAAACCCAGGGCAUGAAAGAUCUUGCUUUCGGUCGCGAAGCCAAACUACUCUGCAAAAAGAUUGUCGCUUUCUUUGCGCUGCUCUCUAAAACACAGGAAACGGGCGUUCGGAAGCUUGGUGUAACUCAAGAGCUAUUGUCUUUAGUGACUGGUCUCGCUCAUUACCUCAAGCUUCUCAUUCGCAUUGGACUCCAAGGGGCUUUGAAACUGGAGAGGGAACAGCAAACUCCUCAGGGUCUCCAUCACUUCUUAGAUCGUCUUGAAGACCUGGAAUCUCUGCGACCCCAAGAAGAAGAGGAGACGCCUGCAGAUCUGAUGGUUGGUGUUGAAAUUUUGGCAGAUCAGCUUUCCGAUUGCUGUGCAGCAUGCAAAGAGCCAAUUGAUGAUGAGUGUGCCAUGUUGGGUGACAGUAGAUGGCAUAUAAAACCUCCACAUUUAAUCUGCGCGUCAUGCCAGACAGAUUUGACACCUGCCCCCCAGGAUGCUUUGUGGAGUCCAAAAGACAAGCAGCCGUUCUGUGUCAACUGUGUCGCUCAUAGGGGUAUGGUACACGAAACCCAAAAAGGAUUCACGCAUGUAUCAAAGCUUCAACAGUUUGUUUUCCUGCUGAAGGUUGCUCUUGCACGACUUUUGGCUGUUCUUAGAGCUGGAGGAACUCUAUUCUCGCCCGAUGACCCGGCCAUGAAGUCACAGGGCCCUGGAGGUAACCAGGCUCCACCAGGAGGCGAAUUACGUCGUUCUGCAACCAGGUCCAAGAAGGACGGUACCGACGGGUCUUCUCUUGAACAGACUGUGGGUGAAAUGCGACGCCUACGGUCCAUUCGCAACGAACGUACCCUUUCAACCACCUACAAAAAAGCCAGGGCAUCAAGGAUCAUUGAUGGACCAGAAGGGCGAAGUGUUCGGCCUGGGUCAUCUGGUGGCGAAGGCUCAGAGUCCAGGGGUCCUGGUUUCCAAAUCGUUGAAGAAAAGGAUGCCAAUGGAGAAACGGUGACAGAGUUGACAUUUGGUAAUCAGGAUGCGUUAACAUUGGAUGAUAUUCCAAGAAUAGUUGCCGCAGAGCAAGCCAAAGAGCAGCGUCCGAAUGCUUACAAGCAUGCCGGUACCAGGCUUGUCGGUACAACUGAACCUCUACCCAAGUAUAACCGUGGACAUCAACGUGACCUCUCGGGCGCUGGCAUAGACGCAGCUUUCAUGGAGCCAUCGGGAAGAACCAAGAAAUACUUCUCAGAGCUCUCUGCGCUCGAAUAUUUCAUUGUCAGACAUGUUGCAGUUUUGUCCAUGGAGCCCUUAUUGGACGGCGCUUUCACGUUGGAGGAGCUUCUUUCACUGAUUGAAUCACGGAAACCAACGAUCUGGAAUAUAUUUGGGCGUGCUUUCAACAAAGAUGCUAAGAAGGGCGGGAAGAAGAAGGGCAUCUUCGGCGUUAGCCUGGAUUUCCUCGUUGAAAAGGAAGGCACGGAGUCGACUCACGGUAUCGGUCCUGGUGCUCUUCGCAUUCCCACCUUGGUUGAUGACGCUGUUUCGGCAAUGCGCCAGAUGGACAUGUCUGUAGAGGGCGUUUUCCGGAAAAAUGGCAACAUAAGACGCCUGAAGGAGCUGUCAGAGUUGAUCGACAAUAAGUAUGAGCAGGUGGAUCUGACGAAGGAGAACCCUGUUCAAAUAGCUGCUCUCCUGAAGAAGUUUCUCCGCGAAAUGCCUGACCCUCUCCUGACAUUCAAACUCCAUCGCUUGUUUGUUGCUUCUCAAAAAAUCCCUGAUCUGGAAAAACAGAAGCGUGUCCUUCACCUCACAUGCUGUCUUCUUCCCAAGCCCCAUCGCGAUACCAUGGAAGUGCUCUUCGCUUUUCUCAACUGGACCUCUUCCUUCUCCCACGUGGAUGAAGAGUCUGGAAGCAAGAUGGAUAUCCACAACCUGGCAACCGUCAUGUCACCUAACAUUCUAUACCCUAAUACCAAAAACAGCACUGUAGACGAGAGCUUCCUCGCAAUCGAGGCCAUCAACGCACUCAUUACCUACAACGAUACCAUGUGUGAGAUCCCUGAAGAUCUUCAAUCAGUCCUUACCGACAACAGUUUCUUCAAGGAGAACUCGGAAGUCACGACGAAAGAGAUUUUGAGAAAAUACGGCGAUAUCGCAAGAGGGAGCUUCUCGCAAAAACCAAGCAAUGGCGGUGAAACAUUUACCAUUACGAACGCUAAUCGCGGAAAUAAUCUUCCUACAUCUGCUCGCAUCGAAGGAGAGCCCUCACAAGACGUGUCACAGAUGCAGAGCUCGGUCCGCCAUGUCCCGGGGCCUAGCGGUCAGGCACCCGCACCCUCUAAUAGCAUCGCUCCCUCGAGUGGUGUCGAGCUCACUCCUGGCGCGAUGAAUGACUACCGCGAGCGCAGCACAAGUACCGGCAGCCAACAAAAUUCGAUUCAGUCUAACGAACAGCCCCAGAAACUGCCCUGCAGAGCCCGCCCUCCCGCGGGACCGAUGGGAGUUGCAAGCUAA